ACCAUAUAUACAGCAAUUCUAAGGUAGAGCAGGAAAUAAAUCUCGCGUUCUGUGCCCCCUGUAUUCUCUUUCAUGCAGUUUUAAGAGCUGCAGAUGAAUCAAAGCCAACUCUGCUGAAAAACAACUUACAGGGAGGAGACUUGUAAGCAAACUAUCUCAUUUGACUGACCUGGUUUCUCACAAACACCAGUGAUGAUUCAUUACUGGACAACAGAAGGAAACCAUACAUGGGAAGAGGCAAAGGGAGGGGAAUUAAAAUCAGCUUUUGAUUAUUUGAAAGCUACUUUCAUUCUCUGUGGUGCACCAGUUACUAUCUUCACACUGGAGAGUAAAUACUGCAUCAUACCUCCAGGCUAUGACUGUUUCACAUACAAAAGAGUUUUGUGAUUUGAUUUUUCUAAUGGAGGAGCUAUAAUACCAGGAAGACUCUAUUCAUUCUCUUACUAUAAAAGCAAGAUAACUAAGCACCAGGUUUCAUCCUGAUCCAACAACACAUGGAUAAGGAACGCAGCUGGAACAAUUAUGCCAACAAGGACUGAAUAAGGAGGCUCCUAGGUAGGAAGCCAAGAAUGGCACAACAAAGGCAAUGAUGUUAAUGUGAGCUACUUUAUUGUUUGCUUUGCUUGCUUAUUGUCAUCCUGUCUUUGAACUAAACAGGCCUUACAGAGCUCACCUAAUCACCCUGCCAGAGAAGGCUGCCAAGAGAAGACCAGCCAGUGCUUCAUCUCUGAGAGGAACCCAAGCGCUCUACAGGAGGAAAGGCGCUCAGUCACCACAGCACUAUGGAUCGAUUCCGGAUGAUCUUCCAGUACUUCCAGUCCAAUUCAGAGUCCGUGACUAAUGGGAUAUGUGCACUGCUGGCAUUGGCAAGUGUAAAGAUGUACAGCUCCUUUGACUUCCACUGCCCUUGCCUUGCUAAAUACAACAUGGUGUAUGGCUUAGGAAUUAUGUUUAUCCCACCAGUGGCACUUUUCCUCUGUGGUCUCAUUGUCAACAGACAGUUUGUGGUGAUGCUUGAGGAGUGGAAAAGACCUACUGGGGACAGGAAGAAGAAUCUAGCCAUUAUCAGGUACAUGUGUUCCUCCGUUCUGCAACGGGCCAUGAUUGCACCUGUUGUUUGGAUCCUAGUCACCCUGCUCGAUGGAAAAUGCUUUGUCUGUGCUUUCAGCAGUUCUGUUGACCCUGAUAAGUUUCCAGGUUUCGUCACCAACAUCACACCUUAUAAUGAGGUACAGCGCUUGCUGUCCAAGGUCCCAUGCAAGGAUGAUGAACUCAUAAGGAACAAUACUUCCCGCAAGGCUGUAUCCAGGUACCUCAAAUGCUGGUCACAGGCUUUUGGAUGGAGCAUACUGCUGACCCUUAUAGUGAUCGCCUUCCUUGCCCGCUCUCUCAGGCCCUGCUUCAACCAGGCUACCUUCUUGCAGACUCGCUACUGGAGCAACUACAUUGAUAUUGAGCAAAAGAUUUUUGAUGAAACUUGUUGUGAGCAUACCCGGGACUUUGCACACAAGUGCAUCCUCCACUUCUUUGAGAGCAUGCAGAAAGAAAUUAAACGAAGGCGGUUUCAUGCCCACCCAGGAAAACAGGAGGGGAAGGAAGGGGAGAAGGAUCACUUGCAAGGAAUCAGCAGCCAAGAGCAAGUGAACAAGCUUCUUCAAUCAUGGUACUACAGCAAACCUCCACUGGAUUUGAGUGGAGCUACACAGAGGCAACCCCUGGGCACAGAGGGAAUAUCUAUGCCUUGGACAGGCAGUAUGAUUAACAGGUGGCAUCCCCAGCCAGGGACCACAAUCACAAGGCAAACAGACGUUUAAAAGGAAAUGGAAACUGAGAGCAUCAGUAGCUAGGGGAAAACACAUACACACACAUCCCAGCAAAAAUGGGCUGCUCUUGCAUCUUUAACAACAGCAUAGUAUGCAGGAAUCACAUACCCUCCAACACAUCAAGAUGAAAAACCGGGACACCAUCUUCCAGGUUCACACUCCCACAUGAGUAGCAUGACCCAUGCAAGAUCGCAGCCCUGGAAAAAGCGCUUAUUUUGGGCAUGGUGCCCCAAAACACACUUUUGGGGGUGCAAGAUCACAGCACCAAAGAAAGUGCUUUUGGACGGCUCAAGAUCAUGGUUGCCCCAAAUGGCCACUGUGAUCUCCCGGAGGGCACGGGGAAUAGGAUGUCCCAGUUUUUCCGGAACAGUUGAGGGGUAUGGAAUCAGCAGCAGAAACUUUAACAGCAUGGAGUGAAGCAUUAUCACAUGCUAAUGUCUGUACAACGAGUUCAGUUCAGAUUUAUUUCCAUAUGAGCCAUAGGCCAUAACAAAAAUGCAAAAGGAUCUGUAACUCUGUGGUUACAGCAUAUGCUUUUCAUGCAGAAGGUCUCUGAUUCAAUCCCUGGCAUCUCCUGGUAGGGCUGGGAAAGACCCCAGUUUGAAGCUCUGGAGACCUGCUGCCAAUUCAUAGCUAGGUGGAUCGCUGGUACUGGUACUUAAACAUGUGUUCAAUAUGUUGUACAUAAAAUGGUUAACAACAUAGCCCACAUCUUACAGAUUACAGCAGCAGGCAAAAGGUAGGUCCAUAGUUGACAACUCUAUCC